AUGCCAACAGAGUUCAUCAGUCUCACAUUUCCCAAUGGCUCUACGGAGCUCAACCCCAUUCCGGGCGCCGGCAUUGACCUGGACUACCUGAUCCGGUACGCCCGAACCCUGGACGACUAUGAAUUCAAUUACACCCUGGUGCCGUACGGCUCAUCCUUGUAUGACCCUUUCACCGUCGGUGCGACAAUCGCGGCUGUGACGAAGAAGCUCAAGGUCAUCAUUGCCCUGCGGCCGAACACGUUGUACCCCACUGUCGCCGCCAAGGCCCUGGCCACACUCGACCAGGUCAGCAGGGGUCGCGCCGUGGUGCACUUCAUCGCCGGCGGCAGCGACGCUGAUCAGGCUCGCGAGGGCGACUUCCUGAACAAGGAGCAGCGGUAUGAGCGGCAAGAAGAGUACAUCAAGAUUCUGCGUCGCGCGUGGGCAUCCUCGGAGCCCUUUGACUGGGACGGCAAAUACUACCAGUUCAAAGACUUCAGCAACGGGGUGCGGCCGUUCAACAACAACCACAUUGACGUCUCGGUUGGCGGCUCCUCUGACGAUGCGUACCGCAUCGGCGGCGCGCUCGCCGACAUUUUCGGCCUCUGGGGCGAGCCCCUCAAGGAGACGAAGGAGCAGAUUGACCGCAUCUACGCCGAGGCCGAGAAGGCGGGCCGCACCGACCGCCCGCGCAUCUGGGUGACGUUCCGCCCCAUCGUCGCCGAGACGGACGAGCUGGCCUGGGCCAAGGCGCACCGGACGCUGGACGCGCUCAACAAGAACAGCUCCAAGGGCACCGGCCUUAAUGCGCCGGCCGCCGGCGCGCCCCAGAACGUGGGAUCCCAGCGUCUGCUGGAGAUCGCCAAGCGUGGUGAUGUGCAGGAUCGCGCCCUUUGGUAUCCAACGGUGACAGCCACGAACGCGCGCGGCGCUUCAACGGCACUGGUUGGUUCCUAUCAGACCAUUAUCGACUCCCUUCUGGACUACGUCGACCUUGGCGCGGAGCUCAUCUCCAUCCGAGGGUACGACAACUACAACGACGUUGUCGAUUAUGGGCGGUACAUCCUGCCAGGCGUGCGGGCUGUCCUGAAGCAGAGGGAACAAGGCACAAAUGGUGAACAGGGCGUGAAUGGUGCUUCCAGCUGA